UUGGUUGGUGACUCACGUUUUUUUUUUGGAUUUCAAGUUUUUUCGAAUUGUUUAAUAACAUUUCGAUACCCCUUUGUUAGUUUUGUUAUAAUAUAAUUAUUUAUUUAUGUAGCGAACUCGGUUGUGAUUUUUUAAUUAAAUUUAUUUAAAAUGUCGCUAUUGUUGAUAUUUCUAGGAUUAAAUCUCUUAACUGAAUCUCUAGCAUUUAAUUGCACAAUUCCGCCCAAAAUACAAGGUGCAUGGUUUUCAUGGGAAAAUGGAAGAAACACUUUAACCGAACUUGAUCCAACUACUAUGACGAAUAGGGGCACCUGUUACGAUAUACGUGAUGACUAUCACGUAAAUUAUACUAUGGUGUUUCAUAAAUCUGAAGAUAACUGUUUUCGCUGCGUAAAAAUACUAGUUAGAACAGUCAAUGUGUUAGAGAAAAUCGAAAGUUCAUGCAUUAAUGUACCAGAGGAUAGGGCUACUGUAGAAAAUGUUUGUAGUAGUUUAGAUCCUCAUUUACAGCUAGCAACAUUAUUUUCUGAAAAUUACGUUCCUGUCAAUUGUAGGUCUUCAUUAGAGGGAGUGUGGAAUUUUGCCUAUCAAAAUAGGUUUAAAUUUACAGGUGAAUGUAGAAAUCCAGAUGCGCAUAUUAGAUCAUGUCAAACGCCAGGUUCUCAGUUUUUGAUUACAAAUCAGAAGUUUAAUAUUACUUACAAAAAAUGCGAAGGAAUGUUGGGAACAUUUGAUGGAGUUGUUGAAUACAGUUGUUUGGGUGACUGGUUUGUGGGGAAAAACCACUAUUUUGCGGUGGCAAAUACAAAGGAAUCAAGAAAAGAUGAAAAAUAUAGAUGCUUCUUAAAAAACAGAGAUGAUGAUUUAUAUAUUGGUGUUUCGAUCACUGCAGAAUGUAAUACAUUAAAAACUGUGGAGAAAAGUCCAGAAAGGUUACAUAUAAAACCAGUAAAGGCAGAAGUAGUAGAACCUGGUUGUCAUUUGCCACAAAAUUUUUCAGGAGAGUGGAUCAACACUGCUAAUAUUGAUGCUGAUGUGUUCAUCAAUGAAACCCACAUAGUUGAAACUUACUAUCCUGAUGAAGGUAGAUACAGAAGAACAAUCUACGUGUGUAAAGAGCAGAGAGAUACAAGGAUAAUGAUGGCAAGGUUAACAGUGGAUGGAUGUCAGAAGGAUUACAUAUGCUUUGAUUUUGUACCUCAGCAUCACAACAUUAUCAGAUACCGUAAGGGUAUAGCUGUUAUUAAGGAUGACUUCAGUACGGUCUGUUCUUGGGUUCAGUUUCAAAAUAAAAUUAAGUGGAGAUACGAUUUGUUUUUAAAGAGAAAUCCAGCACCGAUCAAAUGCCCAGUGGCUGGUAAAUUUAAUUUUACUCAAAAAGGAGAUGUGCCAUUUGAAACCAGAAUUUUGGGUGGUGUUACUUUGAGUCCAAGACCGAAUAUCUAUUGUAAGCAGAACAUAUCUGACUUUUCAGUUUGUGAUGAUGAACAGAAAGAGAUAGCUAUAGAUGAAAAUUAUUGUCUGUCAGUAGAUCAUAGAGGAAAACCAGUAGACAUUUACAGUGAUCCUGAUUACAAAAUGAAAUGCAUUGGAUUCUGGAAAGAGAAUCUAAAGUCUUAUCUAAUAACGUAUGAUGAAUUAGACCCAUUUUCAAAAUAUCGUUGUUGGGUGUACCAAAGAGCUGAUCUAAACAGAGUUUUAAUGUCACAAGCAAUUGGGCCAUUUUGUGAUUUGAAACAAACUGUAACAUCUUGGAAUUAUACUGAAGGAGCUACUGUAGCCCUCGAGAUGGAGGAAUAUGAAAGAGAGAGAGAUCAAUGCCCAAUGUACUUUGAUGAUGGUACCAACCCGUGGUUAGAUCCUGAAGCUCACAUCAUCCAAUUUGAUUUUGGAUUUGGAUUUUUGCGAAACAACAGUAUAAAAGGAACAACCAUAUCAUUUAUCGUUUUGAUUACUUCUUUCUUAGCUAACAUUUUUUAAUUUUCUUUUUUAUUAAGUCAACUUUAAGUGCACUGAUUUAUUUUACUUAAGCCACAUUCCACUUAUUUUACUUGAAUUAUAUAUUAAAUAAAAUAAUAAUAUUCUUAUUAUGACUGAUUUUCAAGUAGGUACCUAUAUAUUUGUAUGGAAAAUGAUCUAGAAUUUUUAUUGUAUAUAUGAAAAUGAGGAGUUUAUAUUGCUCUGUUUAAUACAUUUUAUAUAUAAAAAUUAAAUACAAUAAAUUUUAGCAAUAAAUAUAAUAUUGAAAAUAUCUACAUAAUAUGUGUGGAUUAAAACCUCUGCAUAUAUAAUAUUUUACAAGAUAUUGUGUAGAAAGUGGCAAUAUGUUACCUUGAAUAUGAUGUUGCCAUCUAAUUUUACAUAUAAAAUGUAAUUGGUUGUUUUUUCAAAGGUAAUUUAAUGUCGGUUUUUUUUUUAAUCAUAUUGUUCUAUAUAUCUUUGGUGUGUAUUUUUUUUAUAUUUUUUGAGGUAGUAAUUUUAUUGAUUAUUUUACCAUAUUAAAUUAAAAAUCGUAUAUAUAUUGUCUAGAAAAGUUGUGGUUAAUAUGCUAUAAUAUCGUAUGAUCGAAAAAAAAAACUGCGUCCAGUUGGCUGGGAAAUGACGAUGGAUGACAUUUCCCAUAUAAAUUGACAGCGAUCUUCAUUUCAUAGCCAUCGCUGACGCCUUUUUUUCUCGAUCAUACGGUAUUAAUUGUAAUAGGAUGCGUUUUCAUUUAUAUUUUUGGCAAGAAAAAAAUAUUUUAAUAAUUAAUACUCAUUUGAACAACACUUCUUUUUUUUAUAAUUUUGCCAAAUAGUCUUACAAGGCAGAGGACAACAAAUAUAUAAAUUUAUUAUAAUAUUUAUAUUACCAAACUAUCGAAAAAAACGGCGUCACAGAUAGCUUGGAAUUGAAGAUUGCUGUAAAAUUAUAUGGGGAAUGUUAAUAGAAUGUCAUUUCUAAGCCAACUGGACGCUAUUUUUUUCGAUCAUGCCGAAUAAUAACGUGUUCGAAUCUGUGAAUAACUGUGUGAUCAAAACUGGACAGUGAUUUUGACAGUUAAAUAUUCUUAUGUAAUUUUCUAUAAUUAUUUUUCUGGGACCAUAAAAAAGGACGCUUUCAUAAACCUGUUCAUCAUAUUUUACUUAAGAACCCCGCGAUCGAAAAAAAAACAGCGGCUAGUUAUCUUAGAAAUGCCGAUCGAUGACACUUAAUUAUGUAAAAUUGUGACCAAUCGGCAUUUUUAGGGUAAGGAUUAUCUUUAUUUUUAAUACGAGUAUAUCGUUUUUAUUUGUGAGAUUUUAGAAAUAAAUUAAUUAAGUUUGUGACGUGAUAAAAUGUAACUUAUGGAUCUGCUGUUAUCCGUCCAUAUUUGUAUCUCUAUAUUUUAAGUUUUAAGUAUGCAUAUUAAAAUGAUUAUGAUAUUGUAUUAUUGUAUGAGGUAAUUGAUCAAAUUAUAAUACUUAAUAUUCAUUAUAAAAUGUUUGUUAUAUUUUCAUUUUUAUAAUAAAUAGGUAUAU